UUCCAGUCAUGUCAUCUAUCCUCUUGGUGGCUCUGUAAUGGUGAUUUUCAUGCUGAUGACUUCGAAGGAAGCAGCUUUCUGGCAAACGUGAAGGAAGUUUCCAAGCAGCAUGGCUUAGUUCAAGUACAAGAAACGCUCCUUUUCGAGAUAUUAGGAGACUCAAACAUAAAGUUGGGAAAUGCUGACAGAGGAAUAAGCUUGAUUAGCAGCAGGCUUUGCUACAAGAAGGUCCUCAUUGUUAUCGAUGAUAUCGAUCAUCUGUACCAGCUGAGGAAAUUGGCAGGGGACAAAAUUUGGUUUGGCUCGGGAAGUAGAAUCAUCAUCACCACCAGAGACAAGCAUUUGCUAGAAGCCCACGGAGUAGAACACUUUCACGAGGUCAAGAAAUUAAAUUGUAUUGACUCAUACAAGCUCUUUUGUUGGAAUGCCUUCAAAUCACCUAAUCCUCCAAAAGAGUUUGAGGACCUCACAUGUCGUUUACUUGAUUAUGCUAAAGGCCUUCCCUUGGCUCUCAUUGUUUUGGGUUCCUUCUUGUGUGGUAGGAAUGUGAGGGAAUGGGAAAGUGCAAUAGCAAGGUUGCAAAGUGUACCUAACCGAGAAUAUAAUGAAAUAUUGAAGAUUAGCUAUGAUGGUCUUGAUGAUCUUGAGAAAGCUAUUUUUCUUGAUAUUGCUUGCUUUUUCAAUGGGGAUGACCAAGAUUAUGUGACGAGAGUCUUUGAUGCUUGUAAGUUCUUUCCUGAUAUUGGAAUUAGAGUUCUAUUCGACAAAUCUAUGAUAAGCAUUGAGCUCAACAAGUUAAACUCAAAAGCAGAGGCAAUGCCUUUUGAUUGGCAACCAGCAUGCUCAUAA